AAGUUUUCAGUCCAUCCUGCAUGAACAGACAGGUAGUAAGGUUGUUCUCUGGCUGUGUGAAAGCUCAAGUGAACUUUAGGUUAGGCUUUGCGAAUUGCUCACAGCUGGCCUGUGGCAUGUGGAGUACAGGCAGGUGGAAGAACUCAGCGACUGGAUAUACAGGUGAUCACUUGUACCUUAUCUUGGAUCUACCAUCGACAGCUUGUCUGGGUGCUUGUGAUUUAUAUAGACACUUCUAGUUUUAACUGACACGACAAAGAGGAACCUGUCGUGAAGUCCAAGUUUGACAAGCUUUGGUUUUCCUUGGGUGGAGGAGUCAUUCUGCGGUCGUCUGUCCAGUCACAGACGGCCUGAUUCCUCAGAGGUGAUGGUGGGUGGCAGGGCCGUCACUGUGCGCCCGCACAGGCGCCUGGAGUGAAAGUGUCACAGUGCAAACAUGGAAUUCCUCAAGAGCCUCGUUCCCACAGUCAUCUCCGGGGACGGUGGGCUGCUGGCGACUGAUGCGGGGGGAGUAUGUCCGCGGGAGACUGGCCCUCGCUUGCUGAGGAUGAAGAGGCUGAUUACACAGGCCAAUGAAGAGGAGCAAGAUGGAUCUGGUCUGACUAGCCGGCCGGCUGUCCGUCUUCAACGACAUCGUGCCAAAGGUGUUUACAUUGCAACCAAACCACACCUCGCUCUGCCCAAAUUGAUGAGUCUUGAGUGUUCAGCCUCAGUCCCUGUAAGCAACAGCAGUGCGAGUAGGCGAGGAACAUCCCCCUCAGCCCCGGCCAGCUGGGAGAAGCGUAGCAUCCACCCCGCCACCAUGUCCAGCAUCACCAUCGACCCCGAGCUCAAGCCCGGGGAGUUUGUCAUCAAGAGCCUCUUCGCAGAGUUUGCUGUGCUCGCCGAGAAGAAGAUCGAGGUGGUCAUGGCUGAACCACUGGAGAAGCUCCUUUCCCGCUCACUGCAAAGAGGAGAAGAUGCACAAUUUGAUCAGUUAAUAAGCUCUAUGAGCUCCAUAGCAGAACACUGUUUGCCUUCGCUGUUGCGGACGUUGUUUGACUGGUACAGAAGACAGAGCGGGACAGAAGACGAGUCGUACGAGUACAGACCUCGCUCCAGCACCAAGUCCAAAGGAGAUGAACAGCACCGGGAUAAAGACUACCUACUGGAGCGAAGAGACUUAGCCAUAGACUUCAUUUUUUGUCUAGUUUCAGUGGAAGUUUUGAAACAGAUUCCCCUUCAUCCCGUGCCAGACGCCUUAGUACAAGAAGUCCUUAACCUGGCAUUCAAGCACUUUAAACACAAAGAGGGGUACUCCGGCCCCAACACUGGUAAUGUGCACAUCAUCGCUGACCUCUUCGCUGAGGUCAUCGGAGUCCUCGCCCAAUCCAAGUUUCAGGCAGUGCGUAAGAAGUUCAUCACAGAGCUGAAGGAACUGAGGCUGAAGGAGCAAAGUCCUCAUGUGGUGCAGAGCAUCAUCAGCCUUAUCAUGGGCAUGAAGUUCUUCAGAGUCAAGAUGUACCCCGUUGAGGACUUUGAGGCUUCUUUCCAGUUCAUGCAGGAAUGCGCUCAGUAUUUCUUGGAGGUGAAGGACAAAGAUAUCAAACAUGCACUGGCUGGCCUGUUUGUUGAGAUCCUCAUCCCUGUAGCUGCUGCGGUGAAGAAUGAAGUGAAUGUGCCCUGCCUGAAGAACUUUGUGGAGAUGCUCUACCAGACGACCUUUGACCUCAGCUCAAGAAAGAAGCACUCGUUGGCCUUGUAUCCCUUGGUCACAUGCCUGCUGUGUGUUAGUCAAAAGCAGUUCUUCCUCAAUAACUGGCACAUCUUCCUUCAGAACUGCCUUUCCCACCUAAAGAUGCCGUCAAACAACAGCAUCCGUAAGCAGAUUGAGACCCUGCAGAACAAAGAUCCCAAAAUGUCUCGUGUGGCACUGGAGUCUCUCUACCGGCUGCUCUGGGUUUACAUCAUCAGGAUCAAGUGUGAGAGCAACACAACCACACAGAGUCGUCUCCUCAGUAUUGUAACAGCACUUUUCCCAAAGGGCUCUCGCAGCGUGGUGCCCAGGGACACACCCCUCAACAUCUUUGUUAAGAUUAUUCAGUUUAUCGCUCAGGAACGGCUGGACUUUGCCAUGAAAGAGAUCAUCUAUGACCUGCUGUGUGUGGGCAAGUCUCAAAAGACUUUCACCAUUAAUCCAGAGAGGAUGAAUAUUGGUCUUCGGGCCUUCCUGGUCAUAGCCGACAGCUUACAACAGAAGGACGGCGAGCCGCCCAUGCCCACUACAGGCGUCAUCUUACCUUCAGGCAACACCCUGCGGGUCAAAAAGAUCUUCCUCAACACCACACUCACUGACGAGGAAGCCAAGGUCAUCGGUAUGUCUCUGUAUUACCCUCAGGUUAGGAAAGCCCUGGACAACAUCCUCAGGCACCUGGAUAAAGAGGUGGGACGAUCCAUGAGCAUGACUAACGUUCAGAUGUCCAACAAAGAGCCAGAGGACAUGAUCACUGGGGAGCGUAAACCGAAGAUUGAUCUGUUCCGGACAUGUGUAGCUGCCAUUCCUAGACUUAUCCCAGACGGCAUGAGCAGACAGGAUCUCAUCGAGCUACUGGCCAAACUGACCAUCCAUAUGGAUGAGGAGCUGCGUGGUCUGGCGUUCACCACUCUGCAGGCUCUGAUGGUGGACUUCCCAGACUGGAGAGAGGACGUGUUGUCUGGUUUUGUGUAUUUCAUUGUGAGGGAGGUGACUGACAUUCACCCCACGCUCCUGGACAACUCUGUCAAGAUGCUGCUGCAGCUCAUCAUACAGUGGAGACAGGCGGUACAGAGCAGCAACCGCAGCCAUGAUUCACAGAGCCCCUCUCUCCCUCUGGAGCGAUCUCCUCUCUGGACGGUUCUGCAUGUGGUGGAGGGUCUGGCUCUGGUCGUGCUGUGCAGCUGUCGACCAGCAACACGCAGACUUGCUGUCAAUAUCCUCAAAGAAGUCCGAUCACUGCACACGGCCCUUGGCAUUGCUAAGGGAGACGAGGAGUUGGCUAUAGACGUGAUGGACAGAUUGAGUGCUUCAGUCCUCGAGAGCUUUAUUCACCUUACUGGGGCUGAUCAGACAAAUCUGCUGUACUGUCCCAGUGGAAUAGAUCUUCAGACUCUAGCAGAGUGGAGCUCGUCUCCUAUCAGCCACCAGUUUGAUGUGGUAAGCCCCUCCCACAUAUGGGUGUUUGCCCAUGUGACACAAGGUCAGGACCCCUGGGUCAUCAGCCUGUCUAGUUACCUGCGGCAAGAACACCUGCCCAAGCACUGCCCCACUGCGCUGAGCUACGCUUGGGUGUUCGCCUCCACACGCCUUCAGCUGCUCUCGCCACAAGUCGACAUCAACAGCCCGAUCAAUGCUAAGAAGGUGAACAGCAUGAGCAGUAGCAGUGACUCAUAUGUGGGCCUUUGGAGGAACUACCUAAUCCUCUGCUGCAGUUCUGCCACCUCUUCCACAUCUUCAUCCUCCUCAUCCUCUUCCUCAUCAGCCCCUGGCUCUGUACGCUGCUCUCCGCCUGAAACGCUGGCUUCCACCCCAGACAGCGGAUACAGCUACGACUCAAAGAUCAUUAGCAUUCCGUCCCCUUCCUCCUUGUUCAAGCAUGUGGGUCCCAUGAUGCGCUCUGAGAGCAUGGACAUCACUGAGUCUCUCGUCCUGGGGCUUGGCAGGACCAACCCUGUUGCCUUCAGAGAGCUGUUGGAGGAGUUAAACCCCAUCAUUAAAGAAGCACUUGAGAGAAGGCCAGAGAACAUGAAGCGACGCCGGCGUCGUGACAUUCUCAGAGUCCAGCUGGCCCGGAUUUUUGAGCUACUGGCCGAUUCAGGAGUCAUCAGUCAGACUGCAAGUGGUGGUCUGGACGGGGAGUCUCACUCUUUAAACAGCACUCUUCUGGAAUACGUGGAUCUCACCCGACAGCUUCUGGAGGCUGAGAACGACAAAGAUUCAGACACACUGAGAGACAUCCGCUCUCACUUCAGUGCCCUAGUGGCCAACAUCAUACAGAAUGUACCAGUGCAUCAGAGGAGGAGUAUAUUCCCUCAGCAGUCACUGAGACAUAGUUUGUUCAUGCUCUUCAGUCAUUGGGCUGGACCCUUCAGCAUCAUGUUCACACCUCUGGACCGAUACAGCGACCGCAACAUGCAGAUCAACAGACACCAGUACUGUGCACUAAAGGCCAUGUCUGCGGUGCUGUGUUGUGGUCCGGUGGCUGAUAACGUUGGCCUGUCCUCUGAUGGGUAUCUGUAUAAGUGGCUGGACAAUAUUCUAGACUCUCAAGACCGCAAGGUGCAUCAGCUGGGUUGUGAGGCCGUGAUGUUGUUAUUAGAGCUGAACCCAGACCAGAGCAAUCUGAUGUUUUGGGCGGUGGAUCGCUGCUACACUGGCUCACGCAGAGUUGCUUCAGGCUGCUUCAGAGCCAUCGCCAAUAUCUUUCAUAACAGGGAUUACCAGUUUGACACUGUGGUUCUGCUGAAUCUCAUCCUGUUUAAAGCUGCUGACUCUUCCAGAGACAUCUAUGAGGUCGCCAUGCAGCUACUGCAGAUCCUGGAGCCCAAACUGUUCCGUUACGCCCAUAAACUGGAGAUCCAGCGUACCGAUGGGGUCUUGUCUCCAGCCUCCCCUCUCCCUCACUUGUACUCGGUGUCCUACUACCAGCUCAGUGAAGAACUGGCUCGAACCUACCCUGAACUCACCCUUCCCAUCUUCUCAGAGGUGAGUCAGAGAAUCCAGACAGCGCACCCUGGUGGCCGGCAGGUGAUGCUGCAUUACCUCCUACCCUGGAUGAACAACAUAGAGCUGGUGGACUUCAAGCCUUCAGCCAGACGUCAAGAGGAGCCUUCGUCAACAGAGGAAGAGGAGGACAGCCAUGAGAGAGAGAUAAUGAUGGUGAACAGCCGUCGCUGGCUGAGAGGAGAGGGCUGGGGUUCCCCACAUGCCACUACUAUGAUCCUCAACAACCUCAUGUUCAUGACUGCAAAGUAUGGGGAUGAAUUUGCAUGGUCAGAGAUUGAGAAUGUCUGGACCACUUUAGCUGACAGCUGGCCUAAAAAUCUAAAGAUCAUCCUGCACUUCCUCAUCAGCAUGUCGGGAGUCAACAGUGAACCAAGUCUCCUGCCUUAUGUGAAGCGUGUAGUGGUGUAUCUAGGCAGGGAUAAGACAAUGCAGCUCCUGGAGGAGUUAAUGUAUGAGCUGGACCUUACUGACCCUGUGUCUUCAGCUGUCACUCAUAUGGAUAACCCACCUUACUACCGCAUUACUUCUUCUUACAAGAUCCCUUCCGUUACAUCAGGAACAGCAUCCAGUAGUAACACCAUGGUACCUGGACCUGAUGGACACCAUGAGAGCAAAACCAAAGAUUCCAAUAUGGAGGACAGUUACACUCAUCUGGACAUCUACACUGGUCUGAACAGUAAUCUGAACAGACAGCACCAUCGACUGGAGUCCCGUUACAGCAGCAGCUCAGGAGGAUCCUAUGAGGAGGAGAAGAGUGACUCUAUGCCUGUCUAUGCUAACUGGCGUCUAAAGGUGAUGGACCAUAACCGGCCAGAGCCCCUCCCAUUUCCUCCCACCGGCGGCUGCUGGUCACCACUAGUCGAUUACCUGCCUGAGACCACCACACCUGGAGUCGCCCUCCACAGGUGUAACAUUGCUGUGAUCUUGCUGACCGACCUCAUUGUAGACCACGGGGUCAAAGUGGAAUGGAACUCAUACCUUCACCUGCUGCUGCAUGCCAUCUUUAUAGGCUUCGACCAUCAGCAUCCAGAGGUCUAUGAGCACUGCAAGCGUUUGCUGCUCCACCUGCUGGUCGUCCAGGGCACCAACAGCAGUGUGCAGUCACUAGCAUCUGUACUUCUUCGCAACCGUGAACUGAAUGAGCCCCGAGUUCUGACAGUCAAACCCACUCUUCAGGAGUUCAACCUCACAGGAGUUACAGAGCUGAUGCCAGACUUCCAGCCGUCUCCAGUGACAGACUCUGGCCUGAGCUCCAGCUCCACAUCCUCUAGUAUCAGUCUGGGCAGCUCAGUGCUGCCUCACCUCCCUCCCACUCUCCUUAAUGAAGUGGACCUGUCUGCAGAGCAGGACGAGAAGGUCAAAAACCUCAUCGAGUUCAUUAGCUCAAGGAAACGUGGCCCACUGUGGAACCAUGAAGACGUCUCUCCCAAAAACCCCAACAUCAAGAGUGCUGAUCAGCUUAGUGUAUUCCUCCGCCAUGUUGUCAACGUCUUCAAACAGACACCGUCCGGUUACCAGUUGGAGCAGGAACUGAGUGAAGUUGCUCUGCAGACAGCUCUGUCCUGCUCAUCGCGGCAUUACGCUGGUCGCUCUUUUCAGAUCUUCAGAGCACUGAAACAGCCGCUCACAGCCUCCACACUGUCAGACGUGCUUUCUCGUCUGGUAGAGACUGUGGGAGAUCCAGGGGAAGAGGCUCAGGGUUUUGUUAUCGAGUUACUGUUGACACUAGAAGCUGGUAUAGACACUCUUGCUGAAACAAUGAAGGGCUACGACCUUCUCACUGCACUCUCACAGGCCUCCCAUGAUCCUCUGCAGGGCACCAAAUUUGCCAAUAACAGGAAAAGUACUGGUCAGCUGAACCUGGGCAGUGGAAGUUUCUUGCAUGUCCAUUACAGCCACGCUCGAAGCAACUCGCUCCGGGCCAGUCUGAUGGGUGAACGCCUGGGAGACCGUCACCGCAGCAAUACCCUCGAUGUAGCCGACCGACUGGGUGGCAGCCACGGAAAUCUAGCCCGCACGCGGAGCUUAUCAUCAUUACGAGAGGAUGGUGUUCGUGGCGAUGUAGGAGGAGGAGGUGGGGGAGGACCUGGAGGAGGAUCUGGUGAGGUGGUGCCACCAACCGACCCCACCCACCUGAUGGCGACGGUCUUCUGGAUCGCAACGUCGCUGCUGGAGUCCGAUUAUGAGUUUGAGUACUUGCUGGCACUCAGGCUGCUGAACCGACUGCUGGCCCAGAUGCCCCUGGAGAAGCCGGACAGCAGAGAGAAGCUGGAGAGAGUGCAGGCCAAACUGAAGUGGUACAACUUCCCCGGCCUGCUGACGCUCUUCCUGAAGGGUUUCACUUCAGCUGCAACCCAGGAGCUCACGAUUCACCUCCUCAGUAAACUCAUCACUGUGUCCCGACACACACUCAUAGACCCCUCACAGCAAGCAGGUUUUCCUCUGAAUAUCCUGUGCCUGCUUCCACACCUGGUCCAGCACUUUGACAACCCCACAGGGUUCUGUAAGGAGACUGCUGAUCGGAUCGCCAAAGUGUGUGCUGAAGAAAAGUCCGCCACACUGGCCAACCUGGCACACAUGAUGAGCUUGUACUCAACGCACAGUUACUCGAGAGACAGCACCAACUGGAUCAACGUGGUGUGCCGCUACUUGCACGACUCCUUCUCUGAAAUAACCUUUAACCUGGUCACAUACCUAGCUGAGCUAUUGGAGAAGGGCCUGAACAGCAUGCAGCAGUCUUUGCUACAGAUCAUCUACAGUCUACUGAGUCACAUUGAUCUGUCUGCUGCUCCUGUCAAGCAGUUCAAUUUGGAAAUCAUGAAGAUCAUUGGCAAAUAUGUACAGAGCCCGUACUGGAAGGAGGCCCAGAACAUUCUGAAGUUAGUGGUGUCCCGCUCUGCGAGUCUGGUGGUUCCUGAUGAGGUGCAGCGCUCCUACAGCACAGAGUCUACCGGCUCCCCGGAGAUCGCUUUCACUCGCAUAUUCAACAACUCCUCUAAAGAACUGCCAGGAAAAACGCUGGACUUCCACUUUGACAUCUCAGAGACGCCUAUUAUAGGUCACAAGUAUGGAGACCAACGAAGUGCAGCGGGGCGUAAUGGAAAACCGCAGGUAAUUGCCGUGACAAGAAGCACCUCCUCUACUUCCUCUGGCUCCAAUUCAAAUGGGCUGGUGCCAGUCAGCUGGAAGAGGCCACAGCUCUCACAGAGAAGAACACGGGAGAAACUGAUGAACGUCCUGUCUCUGUGCGGUCCAGAGUCUGGCAUGCCUAAAAACCCCUCUGUGGUGUUCUCUUCAAAUGAGGAUUUAGAUGCAGGUGACCAACAGACCAGUCUGAUCCCCACUGUAGAGGAAGUGACACGGGAGGAGGAAGCGCAAGCAGAAGAUGCAGGAAGUGAACAGCAGUUUGGUGUCUUCAAGGACUUCGACUUCCUGGAUGUUGAGCUGGAGGAUGGAGAGGGGGAGAGCAUGGACAACUUCAACUGGGGUGUGAGGCGUCGCUCUCUGGACAGCAUUGAAAAAGGUGACACCCCAUCCCUGCAGGACUGCCAGUAUUCCGGCAGCACACCCAGUCUCAUCCAGCCGGAGGACACCGAUGAGUCAUCUGAGGAGGAGGUACUGAGCGCUAGCCAGAUUCUCACCCGCUCCAACCUCCUUAAUAGUGAUUCAGCGACCGAUGACGCCAUAUCCAAUCAUAUGGACUCCCUUCAGCAGUCGCAAGAGUCCUCUAGUAGUGUCCUGACAGAAGAUACCACGCCCACCCCUCCGCUGCCCCGCCCAGACAGCCCCACCCAUGAGACCGCCCACUCUGACAGCAAUAGCAGCCAGCUGCCUGAGGAUGCCAGUGUAACUGCAGCAGAUGAAUUGAGCAGCAGUGUCAGUGAGGAUACGGGGUUUGGCAGUGCUCCUCCUUUACCCUCUGACCCCCCCGAACUCUGUGACUUACCUGACUCCCAGGACCCCACUGACGACCUGGACCCAGCGCCCCCUCCGCCACCAGCUGUGGACAGCCCACCUGGAUCCCUCUUUGAUGAUGAGGCGUUGCUGCCACCCCCUGUCAUAGACUCCACCUCGGACUCCAUGUGUGAGGAGGAGACCGUUCUGCCCCGUGCUCUGGACUCGGCGCCCGAUUCAGUAUGUGAGGAGGACGUGACACUGGCUCUGAAAGAGCUAGAUGAUAGGUGCGAGGAAGAAGAGGCAGAUUUUUUCGGCAUAUCCAGUCAGGAUGAGGGCGAUGCAGACGGCUUUCCUGAACUCCAGGCCUCUCCACCUCCGUCGCCCUUUCUUUCGGCUAUUUUGGCAGCAUUCCAACCCGUAGCCUAUGAUGAUGAGGAGGACGCCUGGCGGUGCCAUGUCAACCAGAUGUUGUCGGACUCGGAUGGGUCUUGUGCGGUUUACACCUUCCAUGUGUUCUCACGCCUCUUCCAGCACAUUCAGAGGAAAUUUGACUCGAUUACCCAUGCCUCUGUAAGAUUCCUUGGCGAAGGGCUCCAGCGAAUGGGAAACCAGUUCCUGAGCUCUCUAGAGGUCAUGACCUCCUGCUCCCAGUGCCCUACAGUCCUACUUGAUGCUGAAACUCUGGUUUCCUGUGGACUCUUGGAGACUCUGAAGUUCAGUGUGUUGGAGUUACAAGAACAUCUGGACACUUACAACAGCAAGAGAGAAGCAGCUGAACAGUGGUUGGAUAAUUGCAGAAAGACCUUCGGUGAUAAAGACAGUAACCAGCGACCCAACACUCAAGCUCAGCAAAUGGAAAUGCUAGCAGAGCUGGAGUUGUGUCGAAGGCUGUAUAAGCUACAUUUCCAGCUCCUGCUGCUCUUUCAGGCCUACUGCAAACUCGUCAGCAGAGUGGACACCAUCAAGAGAGAGGCAGAGGUGACUAACAUGUCAGAGGAGCUGGCUAUAUUAGAGAGCUGUCUGAAGGAGGCGGAGUCAGUGGGUGAUGGACAGCAGGGAGUGGGCGAGUUUGAAGUAGACCAGUCAAGCACCGAGACAGCCAUCCACUCACUCAUCGAGAGCCUUAGAGCACGGGACUUCAGCACAGCCAUCGCUCAAGUUAAAGCCUUCAGGUGCCUGUGGCCUAAUGAUAUAUUUGGCAAUGAGAGGGAUGAUGCAGUGCAGACGCUGCUGCACAUUUACUUCAGACACCAGACUCUGGGUCAGACGGGUUGUUUGGCCGUGGUGGGCCCCAGCAGGGAUCUUUCUCAGGCCAGUGCGCGCCUCAUGGAGCUCAACCUUCAGAUCCGCGAAGCUCUCUGCCAGGCUGCCACACACCCGCACACCCACCAGACGCACAUCCUGUCCCCGACCCCUACGGCCCACAUCCAGACGCAAAUCGACACGCAAAACACAGUCCUCAGCACUGAACUGUGAGAGCUUCACGAACUCGACUCUCUUCCUCUGGGGCGGUGGGUUUGGAGAUUUUUCACGUAGACUUCACCUCAAAGGGCUAAAGAAUGUGUGGAUAUUAGUUACUCAAAACUAUUAUGCACGUACCAUGUUUUUCCUUCCCCCUUUCCCCAGUAGUUUAACUUCUCCAGGUGUCAGAAAAAAAGUACGAAGAACAAGACUGGUCAAGAACCAUCAGGAGGGACACUGGGCGAUAAUGAUGCUAAAUUUGAAGCUUUUUGGCGGAAUGACCUAUGACCUCUAGGCGGUGUCCUUUUAGAGUGAUCCGCAUCUGUCUGCCUCACUGUGCACUGGGGCAGAGAUGGGAUUUGGAGCAUUAUUGUGAGAAUCUAGAGUAUCGCGGUGGAUCAGCGAGACUGUCGCAUCGUGGAUCGCAAAAAGCAUGCUUGAAAGAGAAGCCUGCAACAAAUAUUUUUUUGAGAAAUGUAUUUUUUAACAGUCUUAGGUUGUAAAUGUUAGGAUAUUUAACAUGUAAUUGUAAGCUGGAGGGCUGUACCCUCCAUAUAAAGAUAGGUUUAUCUGUUAAACUUUAUUGCCCUGCAUCAGAGAGAACUUUCAGCUUUCACUGGGCCGCUCUUACAAAACCCUUAAUCUAUAACCAAAUAAGUAGCUGCCUGUAGGAAACCAUAGACUCGUGUGUGUGUGCGUGCGUGAGGACGAGUGCGAGCGCUUGAGUGCUAGUGCGUUUGACACGGACUGAUAUUUGCACACCCGUUCUCUCUCAUACAUGCACGUUAACAAACCGAGAUGCACAGGUGAAGUGCGAACUGGCUGCAACUCAUGGAAAUAUCAAUAACUUAUUUUACUCUGUAUAUAUUUUAGAAAAUGUAUAGUGUAAAAGCAGUAUUUUUCCUUGUACAUUUGUGUGAUGCACUGUUCAAUCAGAGAGAGCUCAGUAGAGGGUAACAACUAAUGCAAAAAAAUAAAAAUAGCGAGUUGAAUAGCUGUUGGGAUGUAUGUAAUUCACAGGCUGCCCUCACCUUUAUGAUAAUACGCCACCUUAAUCUUCAAUAUUUCCUGACGAACCAGCUCAGCUUCUCGGCUGAGUUUUGCCAUAUGCAUUCCUUGAUACCCACUGUGAUCUCCAUGUUGGCUCAAAGUCCCCCACUGAGGCCCCGCUGUCGCCCCUGCUGAGGGGAAACUGGGGCUAGUGUUUGUCCAUGUUGGCUCUGUCUUAACCCUAGACUCAGGGCUGCACUGAGGGUUUGUGGGCUCUGCAACUUAAGGCACUGCGCUUCACUUGCCGAACUCCAAAAGACAAAGCAGUGUCCUGAAAACAUUAACCGCAAACAUGGGGGGGGGGGGGGGGGGUGUAUGUUAAAUCUGUCGUGGCACAUUGAGAAAUAAAAUGUUCACUGUAUUCAUUGCUCUGGGAGAUCUCGUCUGUUGCUUGUUUGGUACAUUUUGAAUGCUGAUCUUAAUUAUUUAAUGGAUAUAUUAUUUACCUGGAAAAAUAUAGUUUUUAUCUAGAGGUGUAUUAUCUCAUUUUUCUCCCCUUUUCUUUAUCCCCCUUUCACAUUUUUCUCUGGUUUGUCUUUGUCAUCUGAUUUAUCUGCUUUUCCCUGUACUGUUAAAUAAAAACCUGAUUAUAAGCAA